AUGUGUGGAAUCUUCUCCUACUGCUCCUUCCUCUGCGAGAGGAAGCGCGAGUACAUCUGCGAUGUCUUGUGCAACGGUCUUGCUAGGCUCGAAUACCGUGGUUACGACUCUGCGGGUAUCGGAAUCGACGGUGACUCUAGGGACAGCCCCAUGUACCUCUUCAAGGAGGUUGGCAAGGUCGCUGCUCUCCGCAAGCACAUUGCCGAGGGCAAGGUCGACAUGUCCAAGGUCUUCCUCAACCAGACCUCUAUGGCCCACACUCGAUGGGCGACCCACGGUGUGCCCAGCCCCACCAACUGCCACCCCCACGUUAGCGAUGUCCAGACCGAGUUCAGCUUGGUGCACAACGGUAUCAUUACCAACUAUAAGGAGCUCAAGACUGUCCUCCUGAAGCGCGGCUACACCUUUGCCACCGACACCGAUACCGAAGUCGUCGCCGUCCUCUGCAAGUAUGUCUACGACAGCCAGCCCAACAAGCGCCUCAACUUUACCGAGCUCAUCAAGACUGUCAUCAAGGAGCUGGAAGGCUCUUUCGCUUUCGUCUUCAAAUCUCCCCACUUCCCCGACGAGAUUGUUGCCGCCCGACGUGGUUCCCCUCUUUUGAUUGGUGUCAAGACCGACAGGAAGUUGAAGGUCGACUUUGUGGAUGUUGAGCUUCCCACCGCCGAGGAGCGAGUGAACGAGCCUGACGCGAACGGUCUCUUGUCUGCCCCCGCCGGCGUCGCCGACGGCCCCGGCCCCAAGCUCCGCCGCUCCCAGUCCCGCGCUUUCCUUUCCGAGGACGGCAUGCCUCAACCCAUCGAGUUCUUUGUUGCCUCUGACGCCUCCGCCGUCAUCGAGCACACCAAGCGUGUCUUGUACCUCGAGGACGACGACAUUGCCCACAUCGCCGAGGGUGAGCUCCACAUCCACCGACUCCGACGAGACGACACUGUCUCUUCCGUCCGUGCUAUCGAGCACCUCGAAAUCGAGCUCGCCGAGAUCAUGAAGGGUCAAUUCGACCACUUUAUGCAGAAGGAGAUCUACGAGCAGCCCGAGUCUGUGGUCAACACCAUGCGAGGUCGAAUCAACUUUGACUACCGCACCAUCACCUUUGGUGGUCUCAAGGCGUACCUGCCCGUCAUCCGCAGAGGAAGGAGAUUGAUUUUCGUGGCUUGUGGUACCUCUUAUCACUCUUGUAUCGCCGCCCGACCGGUGUUUGAAGAGUUGACAGACAUUCCCGUGGCCGUCGAGCUCGCCUCGGAUUUCCUUGACCGACGCACUCCCGUCUUCCGAGACGAUGUCGCCGUCUUUGUCUCCCAGUCUGGUGAAACUGCCGACACUAUCCUUGCCAUGCGAUACUGCUUGGAGCGUGGUGCCUUGUGUCUCGGUGUCGUCAACACUGUUGGCUCUACCCUCUCCCGAGAGACCCACUCUGGUGUCCACAUCAACGCCGGUCCCGAGAUCGGUGUCGCCUCUACCAAGGCCUACACCUCGCAAUACGUCGCGCUCGUCAUGAUUGCCGUGCAGCUCUCUGACGAUUCCAUCACCAAGACUGCUAGGAGGCAGCAGAUCAUUGAUGGAUUGCACGAGAUCCCUUCGCAGAUCAAGAAGGUGUUGGCUAUGGACAGGGCGUUGCAACAGAUGGCCAAGGACAUGCUGUCUAACGAGAAGAGUUUGCUCAUUAUGGGACGAGGCUACCAAUAUGCCACCUGUCUGGAAGGCGCACUCAAGAUCAAGGAAGUGUCUUACAUGCACUCUGAGGGUAUCUUGGCCGGUGAACUCAAGCACGGUCCCCUCGCAUUGGUCGACGAGCACCUUCCCGUCAUUUUCAUCAUGACCCGUGACUCUUUGUACCCCAAGGUCCAGAGUGCGCUUGCUCAGGUCACUGCCCGAAAGGGUCGACCCAUCAUCAUCUGUAACGAGGACGACGACACUGUCUCUGACAAUGCCAAGGUCAUCCGAGUUCCCCAGACUGUCGACUGUCUCCAGGGCUUGAUCAAUGUCAUUCCUUUGCAGCUCUUGUCUUACCAUCUCGCCAUCAUGAACGGUGUUGACGUUGAUUUCCCCCGAAACCUCGCCAAAUCUGUCACCACCGAGUAA